AUGCAGGACGCCUGGACCGCUCGCAAAGCUGAGGAGAUCCAAGGGUACGCGGACCGCAACGAAUGGAAGAACUUCUUCUCUGCGAUCAAAGCUGUCUACGGUCCGGCGACGAAGGGCACUGCUCCUCUCCUCAACGCCGACGGCAGUACUCUCCUGACUGAGAAGACGCAAAUCCUGCAGCGAUGGGCCGAGCAUUUCCGAGGCGUCCUCAACCGUCCCUCCGUGAUCUCCGACGCCGCCAUCGAGCGCCUGCCGCAAGUGGAGACCAACGUGGACCUCGACCUCCCGCCAUCUCUCCAGGAGACCAUCAGGGCCGUGCAGCAGCUCUCCAGUGGGAAAGCACCCGGAUCGGACGCAAUCCCUGCUGAGGUCUACAAGCACGGAGGUCCCCAACUGAUGGAUCACCUGACUGCGCUCUUCCAAGAGAUGUGGCGUCAAGGUGAAGCCCCGCAAGAUUUCAAAGACGCAACAAUCGUGCAUCUCUACAAGCGCAAAGGGAAUCGCCAAGUCUGCGACAAUCACCGCGGCAUCUCCCUGCUGAACAUUGCCGGGAAGAUCUUCGCUCGCAUCCUGCUCAACCGCCUCAAUAACCAUCUGGAACAGGGCCUUCUGCCGGAAAGCCAAUGCGGCUUCCGUCGUCAUCGUGGGACCACGGACGUGAUCUUCGCCGCCCGUCAACUUCAGGAGGAGUGUCAGGAGAUGCGGACCCACCUGUACUCUACCUUCGUGGACCUGACGAAAGCCUUCGACACGGUGAAUCGUGAAGGACUGUGGAAGAUCAUGCAGAAAUUCGGCUGUCCGGAGCGAUUCACUCAGAUGGUGCGUCAGCUGCACGACGGUAUGAUGGCGCGAGUCACGGACAACGGAGCUGUCUCAGAGGCAUUCGCAGUGACCAACGGAGUGAAGCGGGGCUGUGUGCUGGCGCCUACCCUCUUCAGUCUUAUGUUCUCUGCCAUGCUGAUGGACGCCUACCGCGACGAACGCCCCGGGAUCCGCAUCGCCUACAGGACGGCCAUCUCCUGA